AACUGGCGCUUUCAUUGUUGCGGCAUGGAUGUUUAUUUGGAUGGGAUAUAGUGGUUUGACGACCAUGUUCGUUUCAUAUGGAGCAUCCUUUGGCAUCCUCUGGAAACUUCUAGGUGUCUCUUACCUCUUGGUGGCCGCAGGCGCGCUUUAUGGUGCUCACGCGAUCUUCUAUGAAAUUCCUCACCGAGUCGCCACGUUCGUUCGUGUCUAUCUUGGCGCCGUUAUUUUCUACCUCGUGGCCAACAUCGUUUUCAUCAUAGCCGUGGAAAUUGCCGUAGCAUCGGCUGUUGCUGCGGCAAAGAAAACGUGCGAGGAUGCACAGUCUAGUCUCCCUGCCAACGAGAGGACCGAUUGUAAUGUUAAUACCGUUGCAUAUCCAAUUGUGGGAUGGUUGUUGCCAUUCGGUUUUGGAGUCGUUUGGCAGUUUUGGGACCUCGUAAUGGAGGUAGGUGAAAAUAGCAGGCAGACAGACGAGCAACAUCAACGAAAAAAAUUGAGUAAAGACUUUUUCGGGCCUGGUGCAAAGCCCGGUACCAUACCCACCGAUGUUGAACAAGCCACUGGUCUUGAACGCCUCGAGUUACUCGCUGCCAUGGAGGGCAAAGAGUUUUUUGAGAUGAAACCUUUGCACAUCACUCGCAAGGGUACCAAGGAUGAUCCCGUCUUAGUUAAGAGUGUCGAUCCUAUACGUUACGUGGGUUGUUCGGGAUACCCCACCGAUUCUCACGAACUUCUCUGGAUAACUGUUGACAAAUCACAUGGGAUUGAUCGUUGCCCGGAAUGUGGUCAAGUUUUUAAACUAAACUUUGUUGGUAAAGAGGAUCACGGUCAUGGGCACCAUCAUUAA